UGAUGUUUUCUUGUCGUAUGUGGCGUCUUGUAUUUAUCUUUCUUUUUAAUAUAUAGUAUUGCAUUUAUUUCCAGUUUUUAUUUAAUUAUAAGUAUAAUUUAGAAGGUUAGGUGUGUAUCUUAUUAAUAUAAAUAAAUAAUAGAAGAUUUGUGUGUGAUUUAAUUUUUCUAAUAGUAAAAUGGAGAGGAACAAUAUGAGAUCAAACUAUGUGAACAGUGGACCCAGAUCACUGCCUCAUAUGGGCAAGCGUCACAAUGGUAACAGUCACAAUGGAUCACGUUUGAGUCCACCCGCACAGACAAACAAUCACAGUAACAACCAACAAGAUGAUAUCAUUAACUACAUAUUUGAAUCUUGGAACAAGGUGUCACGCGAGAUGGAAAGGGGCAGCGAGGAUGCGAGAUACUACCAGGAAGUAAUGCCCAGGCAGAUGGCAAAUUUCCGACCAUUCAACUUAGAGGAGUGGUGGGGUCGGAGAUUCAUUCAAAGCAUAAAUCGCAAGCACCGUUCUUAGUCAACAUUAUGGCGUGUUGUAUCUCAUGGCAGGAUAUUGUUUUCUCCUAAGAUCGGAUGCAUGAUUUUGUUUUGUAUCUAUUUUUUUAUUUUUAUGUAAUAGUAUUAUAAAUUUUUUUUUCUUCUUCAUGAAAGUAAAAUUUUAAAUAUUAACGAAGUGUUUAAGAGUAUAGAGUGAAAUGUUAAAUGUAAGUCUCAUAUAAUCCAGAGUUGAAUUCCAGUAAAAAACAAUUAUAAUAAUCACUUAGGAAACUUUGUAGUUUUAAUACCUUGUAACCAUUUUUGUAUUUAAAUAAAUAUACUAUUAAAAAUAAUCUUUCAAAUUAUAAUAAUAAGGAUUCAAUGGACAUAUGCUCUAUGUGACUUUACAAGUUUGUUCUCUGUUUGAAUUUUCAGUGCAUGAUAUCCUGAAAGUUAUUUAAUUCCAUUAAAACCUCCUUGUAUAUAUAUGAUAUUAAUGCUACACUGAUAUAUUAAUAUAAUGACUUGAUAUUUUUAUUUUAUUUAAAAAAAUAUCUGUGUAUUAUAUAUAUUGAUAUAAACAUAUAUAUGUAUGUAUUUUUCAUAGCGUCUAGAAAACUCCCCACACAUCUUUAAACAUGGCAUUUAAAUGUUGCAGUUACACAGUUUUAAAACAGAGAUUAUUUAAUUAUGAUUAUUUUUUAUAUAAGUUAGUGUGAAUGUAUAAUUUUAAUUGUAAUUUUAGGAAAUGUUUUGUCACUAUUAAGUAUCAAGUAGAUGUUUUUUUCAACCUGUUUUUUUUUUUUUCACUUUUCUUGUAUGUAUAUUGAGAUGGUUUUCAAGUAAUAAGUAUUUAUUGGAACAACUGCAAUAAAACGACAUCACAUAUAAAAUAUAUUCAUAAUCUCUGUCUAUGAAUUUAAUAUCUUAGUAUAUCAAUGUUAGUUUGGAGUCACGUUGAAGCAAUAAGACUAUAAUUUUUAUAUGUAGAUUGUGCCUUGUAAAAGCAAACAUCAUUUCUUUGAAGGUAGUUAACAUUUGUGUACUUAUCCGAUUAUUGUUAUAUUUAAUAUGAAUUAUUGUUAAUGUGACAUUCCAUUAAUCGUCUCGUACUUAGCGUUUCAGACUGUAUAUAUUAUAAAAAGCGACAGAACAACAAAUCAUGGAUUUAAUAAACAUUUUUUUAAAUAUUU